UCGGGCUGUGCUGCGGCCGCUGCUGGCGCUGCGCUGCCGGCCUCGCUCCUUCCCCUAUGGAAGAGAUGGAAGAGGAGCUGAAAUGCCCGGUGUGCGGCUCCUUUUACCGGGAGCCCAUCAUCCUGCCUUGCUCCCACAACCUCUGCCAGGCGUGCGCCCGCAACAUCCUGGUGCAGACCCCGGAGUCGGAGUCGCCGCAGAGCCGCCGCGCCUCAGGCUCGGCCGUCUCCGACUAUGACUACCUGGACCUGGAUAAGAUGAGCCUGUACAGCGAGGCGGACAGCGGCUACGGCUCCUACGGCGGCUUCGCCAGCGCUCCCACCACCCCUUGCCAGAAGUCCCCCAACGGCGUCCGCGUCUUCCCGCCGGCCGCGCCGCCUCCCCCCGCCAGCCUGGCCCCGCCGCCGCCGCCCCGCAACGCCUGCCUCACCUGCCCGCAGUGCCACCGCAGCCUGGUGCUGGACGAGCGCGGCUUGCGGGGCUUCCCCCGCAACCGCCUGCUGGAGGGAGUCAUCGACCGCUACCAGCAAGGCCGGGCGGCCGCCCUGCGCUGCCAGCUCUGCGAGAAGGCGCCCAAGGAGGCGGCCGUCAUGUGCGAGCAGUGCGACGUCUUCUACUGCGAUCCCUGCCGCCUGCGGUGCCACCCGCCGCGGGGGCCGCUGGCCAAGCACCGCCUGGUCCCGCCGGCCCAGGGCCGCGUCAGCCGCCGCCUCAGCCCCCGCAAGAUCUCCACCUGCACCGACCACGAGCUGGAGAACCACAGCAUGUACUGCGUGCAGUGCAAGAGCCCCGUCUGCUACCAGUGCCUGGAGGAGGGCAAGCACUCCAGCCACGAGGUCAAAGCGCUGGGCGCCAUGUGGAAGCUCCACAAGAGCCAGCUUUCCCAGGCCCUCAAUGGAUUGUCAGACAGAGCCAAGGAAGCAAAAGAGUUCCUGGUCCAGCUCCGGAACAUGGUGCAGCAGAUCCAGGAGAACAGCGUGGAGUUUGAGGCCUGCCUGGUGGCCCAGUGUGAUGCCCUCAUUGAUGCCCUCAACAGGAGGAAAGCCCAGCUGCUGUCCCGGGUCAACAAGGAGCACGAGCACAAGCUGAAGGUGGUGCGAGACCAGAUCUCCCACUGCACGGUCAAGCUGCGCCAGACCACGGGCCUGAUGGAAUAUUGCCUGGAGGUCAUCAAGGAGAACGAUCCCAGCGGGUUCCUGCAGAUCUCAGAUGCUCUCAUCAGGAGAGUGCACUUAACUGAGGACCAGUGGGGAAAGGGGACACUCACACCCCGGAUGACCACAGACUUCGACCUGAACCUUGACAAUGCUCCUCUGCUGCAGUCCAUCCAUCAGCUCGACUUCGUGCAGAUGAAAGUUUCCUCCCCAGUGCCGGCCCCCCCGAUCCUGCAGCUCGAGGAGUGUUGCACCCACAACAACAGUGCCACCUUGUCCUGGAAGCAGCCCCCCUUGUCCACGGUGCAGGUGGAAGGCUACAUCCUGGAGCUGGAUGAUGGCAACGGCGGCCAGUUCAGGGAGGUGUAUGUGGGCAAGGAGACCAUGUGCACGGUGGACGGGCUCCACUUCAACAGCACCUACAGCGCCCGCGUCAAAGCCUUCAACAAAACUGGAGUCAGCCCCUACAGCAAGACCCUGGUCCUCCAGACAUCCGAGGGUAAGGCAUUGCCACAGCUCCAGCCCCGUUUAGACACGCAGUCAGAAGAACAGACCCUCCCUUUUCCAGUGCCUUUGGAAAGAUCGCAGCUUCGUAGAAUGAGUCCUUUCUCCUCCACCCUUAAUCUACAACCCAGCUUCCCCGGGAGGUCCUACUUUGAGCUAAGAUCUUCGGCCCACCAGCUGAGCUUGCAUUCUUCUUUACAGUCCCUGAAUUCAGCCGGAUGCAAUUUUGAGACACAAGGAACGCCUUACUCUCAAUUAGUUGACAUUAAAAAAAUGGUGGCAGUCGCUUGGUUUUCUUUCGAUCCUUCCUCUGCCCACGCUGACAUCAUCUUUUCUAAUGACAACCUGACUGUCACCUGCAACAGCUAUGAUGACAGGGUUGUGCUGGGGAAAACGGGCUUUUCCAAAGGGCUCCAUUACUGGGAGCUGUCGAUCGAUCGAUACGAUAACCACCCCGACCCGGCCUUUGGCGUGGCACGCAUUGAUGUCCUCAAGGAUGCCAUGCUGGGCAAGGACGACAAGGCCUGGGCCAUGUACGUGGACAAUAACCGGAGCUGGUUCAUGCACAACAAUUCACACACCAACAGAACCGAGGGUGGGAUAACAAAAGGCGCCACGGUGGGAGUGCUGCUGGAUUUGACCAGAAGGACACUGACGUUCUCCAUCAACGAGGACCAGCAAGGGCCUGUGGCCUUCGAGAACCUGGAGGGCCUUUUCUUCCCCGCAGUGAGCCUCAACAGGAACGUGCAGGUGACGCUGCACACCGGCCUGCCGGUCCCCGAGUUCUACGCUUCGCGCUCCGCCAUGCAGUGAGGAUGCUCCCGGAGCCGGCUGCCCCUUCUCGGGAAGCAAAGGAGCCAGCCUGUUCCCUCCCGCGGGACAAGUCCAGCCCCAGAGCCACCCGGUCCCUGCUCUGCCACCGGCUGGGGAGCGGGAGGGGAAGCGGGAAGGCCGAGCCCGGCUGCUGAGACCUUCCCUGGCCUGGUCCCUCCCGCGCUGCCCUGUGUGUGUGCGCUUCGCUGUGUAGCUCUUUUUGGCUGAUCAAGUCCUUAGGUAGCCUGAGAUGUUCCUCUGUGUCUGCUUUUAGGUUUGGUUUCUACUGAUUUGAA